AUGGCGGAGCUUUCGCCAGAUGAAAAAUCCAUCAUCAAGGACUACCCUUUAGCCGGCUCACUUGAUAAUUUAUGCGGCUUGCUGCAAGAGGCAGAGACAAUCUACUCAUCUGACACUGCCAUCGAUAGUCUUGACCAACUCUAUCGAAGUGCGCUCUCAAAACUCCUUCAUGCUCUUCAGGGAGGGGAUGCAGCCUUCAACCUUCGCUCACGAAUUGCGGAUCAAAACGCCGCUGACACCGACAUCUGGAAAGCUGUCUACGACCUCAUCGCCACUGCUUUUCGAGAAACCCCCCCCGCGAGCGUUCUCCCCUCGUUCGAUGCUACUCCGGUGAGAUUCACGUCAUCGUCACAGAAAGGAACUGAGCAGACGCGUCAGCUGGUGGAAGGGAGGAUAUUUGAAGAGAUAUGUGGGUGCACCUUUCAAGAUGUGGAGGGCUUCUUCACCAAAUACUUUGAAGGAAAGGAUUGGAGCGUGAGGGCAGAUGCCAUCCGUCAACGCGUCCUAGAACCUGGCAGCAACAGUGAAUGGGCCAGAUUCCCUGAUCCCCCUGUGCAGAAUGCUGUCCUUGACUGGUGGCUUCAGUUCCAGGAUAACUUCCUCUCGAACGCGCGCGGUGUCUACUUCUCGACAGCAAGCGAACUGAAGAAGUCAUCAGAUGAGAUCUGGACAAAGAGCAUGCUGCUUCAGCUUGCACACUAUGUGCAGGAAGUGUUUAUCACCCAGCCAGCUUGCCAGUUUGUGCAUGCAUUCAUGGUCUGUGGGACCAACAUGGAGGCCUGGAUGUUCAAUCACUCUGGGCCCUACAGCUCUGGAGUGUUUGAUGUUUAUAAGAAUGCAGCAUGUUUUUUUCAGAUGGUCCUAGAUUAUGCAAUGAUGAGUGAUGAGGAGCUGGAGGUGGACCUCCUCCAGCUUGCAAACCAGAGAGGUGUCCAGGGGAUUGCAAGGGUCAUUGGGCAUCACACCAUCACCAGCAUUGCAGACCUACACUGUGGCCUGAUGUUCAGCAACCCUCACACCUUCCAAAUCAGGAACACCAGUUGUCAGCAGGAAGCCAUCCAGAAAAUGCAGAUCACCCAACACCAGACCACAUGCAGCCAAGUGAUCAUGUUCCAGCAGCCAGCAGCCAAAGACAAACAGCUCAAGAGUGAGCUAACUUUCACUGUUGAGUUGGUCUAUACACCUAGCCUCUUUGACAAGGAUGACAAAGUGUAUGACAACCACAUCCUCUGCUGCCUGGUGAUCUCACCUGCUGGAUGGCCUGUGGAUAUCUUGGAGAACAACAUCAUCAUUACUGACCCUACCAAAGUUGGCAGCAUGUCAGGCGUGCUUAUUGAUCUUGAUCUUGCCAAAGAGGUUGGUAGCGGAUGGAGCAGUGCACGACACCAGACAGGCAUGAUGGAGUUCAUGGCAAUUGAGUGCGCCUGUUGUGGCUGGAUGAAGUUAAAAAAAUUACAGCUGGAAUCACAUGAAGGGCAAACACCGCCCAAGGAUAGUAUGCUAAAAGAGUGGUACACUGGAACCUAUAAGAAAAUCGCGAGGAUCAAGAGAAGUGAUAUGAGUGUUGACAGGUUUGAUGAUAUUUUGUCUGAAUUUCCUCCAUGGUUUGAAUGCGUCAAACCACUCUGCAAUGCUGUUCGGGAUAUACUAUUUCCUUACGGGAAGAAAGGGCUUAUUGUUGGCACCCCGCAGGAUCCAAAGAGGCUAUACGAUCCUAUUAUCAAGGCGUAUGAGGACGCGAUAGCUCUACUCGAAGCUGGAGAAAUUUAA